AUGAAAAGAAUGAAAGCAUAUUCAAUCAGGCUGAAAUCAGUAAUGUUGCAAAAGGUCUCACCAGUAGAAGCAAAAUCAAAUAGUGAUCUUAAUGUAAAAUUUGCAGAUACAAAUAGGGCAGCUGCAAACCCCAUUACUGAUAUUUUUAAUGAAAGUGAAGAUGAUGAUGAUUUAUUCCAAGUGAAGCCUAAAGUUGCACCUCCAAAAUCUAUUAAUAUUGAUUCAAAAUCGGAGGAUAAAAAAUUAUUACAAAGUUCUAUGAUAAUCAAUAAGUUUACUUAUUUGGCUGCAGGAUCAGAAAACAAGUUGAAAGAUUCUCAAGCACAAAGCAAAACUAUGAUUCCAAAUACCACAGAUGUGGAACAAGAAAGUAUUAAAGCACCGCCAACAUCUGAAGCAAUUUCUAAAAGCCCAAAAUUGUUUGAGGAAUCAACAAGUGAUUUGAGUGAUGAUGAUGACUUAUUUAAAAUAGGAUCAACUAAAACUGUAAUAUCAAAAUCUUCAAAUGAUGAUGUUAAAAACACAUUGAGUUCUAAUGCAAGCCAUCAAAAAACUGAUUUGUUUGCUGAACCGGAAAACUUAUUACAUCAGAAUAAUAAACUUGUUGACCAUGUUAAAACUAAUGCAAGUUCAAAUCGAACACCAAAUAUUAAAACAAAAAUUGUUGGUAUAUUUGAGGACCCUAUAUAUAGGGAUUCAAAGACCAUUAAUAAUUCUGAAAUCACUAAUGUUGAAGUUCCUAAAACAAGUGUUACAACAAGUAUUGUUGAAAGUAGUACUAAAGCAAUCAAGGAGAAACAAGAAUUGGGAAACUCAAAUAUAAAUGAUGAAUUAGUCAAAGAGCAAAGGGAAAAAUCUUUGUACGAACAAGCUGCAUCAAAUAUAGCUUUAUUCGGUGAUGAACCUCCAAUUGAUAUCUUUGAAGAUCUGACAAACUCAAAAAAAUCUGACAACAGUAAAAGAAUUACCUUAUUUGAUGAUGAUGAGGAUGAGCCUGAUUUUUUCCAAGAUCUUUCUAAAACAGUUAACAAUAUUGGAACUAAAGAACCAUUCGGAAUUGGUUUGUUUGACAAUGAACCUCCUGAUGAUAUUGACUUUAAAACAAAAAUUAAAAAAUCCUAUGUAAAUACCAAUAAAAAUGAUGAUAAAUUGUUUGCUUCUGUUUCAAAUGUUGCAAAUAAGUUUGAUCAGAAACUGAUAGACAAAAACGAUGACUCAAAUCAAGUUAAAGAAGUUAAAAAUGAAAAUGCAAACGAUAUCAAAAUCACAUCACUUUUACCUAAAACAAAUGAACCAAAAAAAUUAUCAAAUUUGUCAAAUUUCAACAUUAAUGUGUCAGCGUUACUUCCGGGAGCGAGGCCCCCGUCGCUGUCCAAAAAACAUGGAACACCAGAUACUGACCAGUCGGAUUCUAAAUCUGUAACGCCCAUUCCGGAACACGAUGUAAAUUUAUCAAAAAAAAUUGCCGUUGACAGUAGAGGAGAUGGUCUAAUUCAUAAUUAUAAAGAAAUUUCGAAUCGAAAAAUUGAUAGCGAUCAGAAAGAAAGGAAUGGUGAUUUUAUUUCUCAAACCGAAACCUUGCAGAAUUCAGCAGUCAAGGAACGUGUCAGGAUACCUCAGAAAAGGCGACCGCCCAGCAGACGUGCGCGACAAGAAGCAGCUCGAAAAUCUUUAGUUUUGGAAAAUUCCGAUUCAGAAAUCGAGUCUGUGUCUACAGAACAAAACAUACUUAGUGACUUCGCUAAAAGCAUGGACGAAAAUGAAAAAUCACUAAUAAGCAAAAAUUCACAUAUAAAAAGUGCAAAUAAAUUAACUAACGAAUUAUCCAGUGUUAUAAAUUCUUCAUCAGGACAACCCCGUAUAAAUGAUAAUAGUUCAAAAUCAAGUUUCAAGGAAGAUUUAACCGACCAUUCAAAAAGCGAAAACUCUAAUAGUUUAAGCAAAUCUAAAUCUCAAGCUAUAUCUAGUGAUCAUUCGGAAUCAGGUAGCAAUAUUAAAGACGGAACUGAUAUUUUGUCGCCGUCAACUGAAGAGGAUGAUAUUUUUAAAAUAGAUAAAAUAGCUGACGACGAUACAUUGAAGGUAGAUGAAUAUAACAGUAUUUUUAAUGAUUCCGAUGAUGAUGUAGAUGACUUGACCCAUGAUUCAGAAAAUAAAGCAGAAGUAUCAAAAACUGAUGACAUAAAAAGGCAGAAAGAAUUUAAUCUUCUCGAAGCUCUUACACGAAAUACUGAGUCAAAACCAAAUAUGGACGCGAUUGAUGAGAAUAUACUCAAAACUGAUUCUUUAUUUAUACCAGUUGAUUUAGAUAUUAAUUCAGGUGUAGGUUUGAAACCGGUUCCUGAAAAUACUAACAUAGCAGGAAGCAUAUCUCAGAAACAUUCAGAAACAAAUAUUACAGACCUUAAAAAUAAUUCUAGCUUGAGUGCACAAGAAUCAGUAGAAAAUGAUCUUUUUGGAGCUGCUGCCAGUAGUAACAAUGAUUUAGAAGAUAAACUUUCGACACUAGCAAUUGAUGGCUCUGCUGAAGUUUUACAUGCUGCGCAAGUGGGUAAAACGAGCAAAGAUAUUCUAUUUGAUUCGGAUUUAGAAGAAGAUUUAUUCACUGCUAAAUCUAUGUUCAUUAGUAAAAAUGCUCAAAAUGUUUCUCAAAGAGGUGAUGUCAAACCCAGGUCGCCGCUGUUGAAUUCUGUUGGGGCAGAUGAUCUGUUUGCUGGUUUACCAAGGUCCAAUAUAAUACUCAGAAAAAAUCGUAAAACAGAUAAUCUUUUUAGUGAUACCGAAGACGAUGAAGAUUUAUUCAAAGUAAAAACAAUUAAAGUAUCUAAGAGUUCAACAGAUAAAGUUUUAAGCAACAGCAAAAAAUCAAGUGUACCAAAAUCUGCAUCAUUAUUCGGUGACAGUGAUGACGAUGAUGAUUUAUUCAAAGUAUCGACUGGAAAAUAUUCAUAGCUUGUUUAUUUGCUUAUUAUUUCAUAAAAUUAAAUGAAAAUAAUAAUAAAAUCAUAUCACACACAUAUUGCAAAUAUUUUCAUAAAUA